AAUUCGAUUUUCAUUAGCGAGGGAAACGGAUUCCUUUUCCAUUUUCGUUUUCAAAACAUUUUUGGUUGUUGAUAAGAGAGCGGUCGAGCUUCCUGGUGACUCUGUCUUUAAUUUUUUCAUAUUCCAAAGAACACCAAUCCAAACCCUAAUGUUUGGGACCUGAACUCAAGCCCUAUAACAAGAAGAAGAAGAGAUUUGCUUGCCUAUUGCUAUGUCAGACUUUUUUCCAGACGAAAUCAUGGUUGAAAUCCUCCAGAGACUACCCGCCAAAUCCCUAAUCAAAUUCAGGUCUGUUUCCAAAUCCUGGUGCUCUCUCAUCACAAACCCUGAUUUCAUCAAUACCCACCUCACUCAGUCACUCACUUCCAAUACAUACAAAAACAGCUAUGAUAAUCUCCCACUCAUGAUAGUUAGGCAAUGCGUAUCCACUACCCAUACCAGAACAGAGCACUACAAACUAUUUAUUGAUUCCGAAGACUCAUUUGAUGAAUAUAAAGAACUUGAAUUCCCAAUAAAGAGUCGUCGUCUCCACUUUUUUUUCGCAAUUGGGUCUGUAAAAGGUUUGUUUUGUCUUCACGAACAAGAUCGGUAUUUUCUUUGGAACCCAUCUAUUAGAAAGUCCAUGGCUAUGCCCAAGCCUACUGUCAAGACCUCUAUGCAUUCUCAUGGGUUUGGAUUUGAUCCACGGACCAACGAUUAUAAAUUGGUUAGAAUAGCGGACUUUUAUCCAACUAAAUUGCCCAAUCAGAAGCCAACUACACACAUUGAGGUGUACUCCCUUAAUGCAGGCUCCUGGCAAAUGUCUAGCACGGGGAGAAACUCUUAUCCGGAUGGGAUUACUAUAGAUUAUUCAAGCCGAUUCGCUGCUUAUUUAGAAGGGGCUGUUCAUUUUGCUGCGAAAAUGAAGAAGUCCAAUGAUCCGUUGAUUUUGUCAUUUGAUUUGUGUGAUGAGGUGUUUCAAACAAUGAUGUUACCAGAUGGUGUUGUAGCCCCGAGAACUGAGGUCCGGGCUUCAGUAUUUGGGGGAUUGCUUUCUCUGUUAUGUUACGAAGAUAGUGCUGUGUACAAGUCUUGUUCCAUUUGGAUAAUGAAAAAGUACGGUGUAGUUGAUUCUUUGUAUAAGCAGUUCACAAUUGAUCUAAGCAGAGGAAUUACACAGGUAUUAGGUAUACGGAAUAAUGGUCAUAUAUUAUUGGAGACAAAAGCACCAAGUGAUUGGGUGCUUUCUUCAUAUGACCCUUUGAGCCAACAAACUAAGAAUUUGGGAAUUUAUGCUACUUCAAACCAUUUUGUUGUUGAUACUUACGAGGAGAACCUAAUCUUACUCAACAAACCAAAUGAUGCAUUUUCUAGAAGGCGAGUGAGCAGGAAGAGGACAGACAGGGACCAAGGUUCUCAAGCACGAAUAGAGGCACUUAAGACUGAUAUUCAAAGGCGGAGAAAUGAAGUUGACCUCCAUUUAAAAGAGAUAAAGGAAAAGGUAGAGGAAGCAAAAGAGGCUGUAGCAAAAAUGGGGCCUCAACGACAGGCUGAGGUCUAUGCCAAAUUCCAGACUAUUUUUUUGCAAAUGCAACCCAUUGAUUUUUCAAGCAAUGAACAAAUUGAUUCGACAAGGCUCACUGCCACUUCUCAAAGUUCCGCAGUGGAUGAUUGUGAUGUGGCUGCUGAGAAAUGGAGCCACAGUCGUGUCCUUGGCAGGGGUGUGGGCAUCAAGGGCAAAGAUUUGAAUGGCUGCACUUCCUCAGGUCAAGUCAAGGAUUGUAUGAGGCAUGAGGCAGAAGAGUUAAUAAAAUUGAAGACUGAAGGAACUGAAAUGCUGAAGCAGUUGUCUGAGAUGAAGGAUCAAUUAUUGCAGACCUAUGGCAAACCAUUCAUCCCUACAGUGCAGGCGUCUACUAAUGCACAGCCAUGAUCCAGAUUGCAAAUAAUGCAGGGAAAACAAAGAUGAAUGAUUUCAAAUAUUCAAUGGAUUCAAAGCAUGUCCCAGUGGAUGACAAAACAUAUGACUCAGUCUUUAUCUAAUAGAACUACCUCUGUUAUUCUGAUUCUUUUGGGGCACAUCAGAUGAAAUGGCUUUGUAUUGUUUUGAAUUAUGUUCAGUGGAAAUAUCAUUUUUAGGAGUAAAAUGAUUAUGGAGUAUAAAAAUUUUGUUUUUAUUAUA